CACCCCCCAAGAAACAGGAGGAAAAUUAAUUAAAGAGAAAAUGAUCCAUUCAUCAAGAACAUGUAUAAAUUCAUGAUCUGUUGCUUUCCUGAUCAUCAAUGGCUCUCCAAUGGCUGACUCUCAUCGCCACCAUAUGGCUCCAAUCCAUCAAUGGUUCAAACUCCAAUUUCCCAGCCUACUCCUCCGAGCUCAAGAAACUCCUCUCUAUCUCCCAACUCCAGCUCAACAACUUGGCUUUCGCCUCCGACGCCGGCAAACUCCUUGGCUGGAUUUCCGGCCUCGCAGCAGCCCAUCUCCCCCUCUGGCUAGUUCUCAUAAUUGGCUCCUUCCUCGGCCUCGUUGGCUACGGCGUCCAGUUCCUCUUCCUCGCCAACCACCUCUUCUCCCUGUCAUACUGCCAUGUCUUUCUGCUGACGGUUUUAUCAGGGAACAGCAUUUGCUGGAUCAACACCGUUUGCUACACUCUUGCCAUUAAGAACUUCCCCUACGACCGGCAUUUCGCCAUCGGUUUAUCAACCAGCUAUGUGGGCUUGAGCGCCAAGAUCUACACAGACAUAGUCGAUGUUGUUUCCGCUACUUCACCCACAGAGAGAGCCAAAGCAUUUCUAUUCUUGAACGCCGUCCUGCCAUUAUUGGUUUGCAUUGUGUCCAUGCCGUUGGCCAGAAACAUCACCGAUGCCCGAAAAUCAAGAAAACUAGCAGGAGGGUUCUUCACUUUGUUCAUGAUCACUACAGUCACCGGUUUCUUCGCAGUGAUCAGCAGCUUCACGUCGUUGGGUUCGAGGGUUUUGCCUCUUGUGGGCAUGGUGGUGCUGUUGUUGUCCCCUCUGGUGAUUCCACUGGCGGAGAAAGUCGGGGAGAAGCUGCAGAAGAGGUGUUUGAUAAGAGUGUGCGACGAGGGUUUUGGCAGCAGCAGUGAUCUGUCAAGAGUGGAGAGUGAGGAGACUAAGGAUCAAGAAUUUUGUGGGCUUGGAGGGGAGGAAAUCGGGGCCAUGUUGAUGGUGAGGAGAGUGGAAUUUUGGUUGUAUUUCUUUGUUUAUCUGUUCGGAGCAACUCUUGGUUUGGUUUAUUUGAACAACCUCGGACAGAUUGCUGAAUCGAGAGGGUGUUUGAGGACUUCUUCACUGGUUUCUGUGGCCUCUGCGUUCAGUUUCUUUGGCCGUCUUCUGCCUUGUCUCCUUGACUAUUUUUUCUCAAGAAAACAUGGGGUAUCAAGAGCGGCAGCAAUGGGGGCGAUGAUCGCCCCAAUGUGCGGAGCGUUCUUCCUGUUGGUAGUGAGCAGGCGGGAGUUGGCACUCUAUAUGAGCACAGCCGUGGUAGGCGUGUGCACAGGUGCAAUCACUUCCAUAUCCAUCUCGGCGACGACGGAGCUGUUUGGGGCCAAGAAUUUCGGCGUGAAUCACAACAUCUUGGUGUCGAAUAUCCCCAUGGGGUCGUUCCUGUUUGGGGACUUGGCAGCGCUGCUCUACAAGAGAGGAGGAGGAGAGAAUUGCAUGGGGGAGAAGUGCUACCAAACCACUCUCAUCAUUUGGGGAUCUUUGUGUGUUUUGGGUACUUUGUUGGCUUUCAUCCUUCAUUCCAGAACCAAAAUAUUCUACACAUAG